AUGUGUGAGGAAUAACAUUAUUGCUCAGCAACCGGGACACAGAAACGAACGCACAGGGUUGGGUUGGGCACUGAUUGUAUUGUGCUCACUCACACAUCAAGCGUGGAUAUAUGCAAUAGCACAGAAAAGGGAUGACGUAGAAUUUGAAGCUGGAUUUUGAAGCUGAGCAGAAAAUGAGCUUAACGUCCUGGUUUCUGGUGAGCAGUGGAGGCACCCGUCACCGGCUGCCAAGGGAGAUGAUUUUUGUUGGCCGUGACGACUGCGAAUUGAUGUUGCAGUCCCGAAGUGUGGAUAAACAACAUGCUGUCAUCAACUAUGAUUCUGCAACAGAUGAACACAAAGUAAAGGACCUAGGGAGCCUAAAUGGGACAUUUGUGAACGACGUCAGGAUACAGGAACAGAUGUAUGUUACCUUGAAGAUGGAAGAUAAAUUGAGAUUUGGAUAUGAUACUAAUCUUUUCACAGUAGUCCGUGGGGAGCUCCGUGUCCCAGAGGAAGCAUUGAAGCAUGAGAAGUUUACAAGCCAACUCCAUCUGCCCCAGAAGACUUCGGAGGGAAAAGGAUCCAAGGCAGCCAGCACUAAAGCAGCUGAAGCCAAAGCUGCCGAGGCUGGUGAAGGGUUACCCAAAUGUGCAGAGGCACAGAAACUGGAGGAGAAGAUGUCAGACAUGGCUGCAGUGCACCGGGGAACUCCUUUGUAUGGGCAGCCAUCUUGGUGGGGAGACGAUGAUGCUGAUGAUGAAAACUCCUUCAAGCAGGAAACCAAAGCAGGGAGAAAGAAGCUGGAGGGCAGUGCAUCAGGAGAAAACAAAGAAACCAAGAAAGCAGAAGCGCAGGGAGGGAACGAGGAAGCGCUUUGUUCACUGUGUAGGGAGCCCAGCUACUUUGAGAUCCCCACAAAGGAGUUUCAGCAGCCUGCCCCAGUGGUGGAGAGCACAAUUCACGAAAUCCCCACAAAAGACACCGAAGGGGCCCAUGCAGCCGCUGCAGGGCAUGCUUCCUUCACCAUCGAAUUUGACGACAACACCCCUGGAAAAGUGACUAUCAAAGACCACAUGACAAAGUUUAACCCAGACCAACGCCCACGACCAAAGAAGUCAUCCCCUCAGGGCGGGAAAGAGCUGUCAACAUUGCAGGCCACCAUGAUAGCCGCUGAGAGCAAAGUUUCUGACUGGCUGGCACAAAAUGACCCCCCAAUGGCCAGGAGAGAGUCCACUGAAGACGAUUCGAAGAGCAUAAAGAGCGAUGUCCCCGUCCAGCUGAAGAGAUUAAAAGGGAGCAAACACGAAGAUGGGACACAGAGUGACUCAGAGAAUGGAGCCAAACACAGGCACACCAGUAAAAGGGCAGCACUAGAGGAGCAUGUGAGGGUCUACCAAGGUCCCAAGGGACUCGCUGCCGCUUCUGUCGAGGGCAAGGGUACAGAAGGUACUCACAUCAGCAGGACAGACUUUAUGGUUGAGUUUUUUGAUGAAGACAACCCGCAUAUGUGUCACUCUUAUUCUUUUACUCAGAACGGCGCUUCAGCAAUGGAAGCCGUGGCUGGGGAAGGCCCUUGUCUCACCCCUCCUUCUGGGCCGAAAGGUCUUGUCCCCACGGACUGUAAAGGAGUUCCUUCAGUGCUGGCAGCCCCACCGCCAAGCAAACUGCUUCUGAAGCAGAAAUUAGAAGAUCCAUCCCUGGUACGGAGCUCAGCAAGUGUUGGACAACAAACCAGCCCAAAUGAAGAGCCAGAAAAGCCACCUAAAGCUACGGGAACAGUGGAAAAGGAAAACGAGGAUGACCAAAGCGAUAAGGGAACCUAUACCAUUGAACUGGAAAAUCGCAAUCCUGAGGAGGAAGAGGCUCGAAGGAUGAUCGAUAAGGUGUUUGGCAUAGAAGAGAGUCAGGACCAUACAAGGCCAGUUGUAGCUGAACAACAAAAGGAAACCAUCAAAGAUUGGGCCUCUUCAGGAAUGGUGGAGAUGAGAAAAAGUCAGUUUGUAACUGCUGCAUUCAUUGACUCAGAGACUAUUCCUGAAGGCCCUGUUUCAGUGGGCAGUCCUCGGUGGGUGUCCCAGUGGGCGAGUUUAGCUGCGAAUCACUCAGGGCAUGAACCUGAUGACUUGAGAUCAGAAUCCCCAUCUUUUGUUGCUCAGGAAAAAGAAGCAGAUGUCAGCGAGUCAGGAAUCUCUGUGAAAAGCAUAACCUCUGCCACCUCCACAUCCAGCCAUGGUGAACGAAAGAGAAGGACUCUUCCUCAGCUCCCGACAGAGGACAAAGUUAAGGCAAAGGCAGUAAAAGGUACUACAUCCCUGGGACUGAGAUCAGAGAUUGGAGAGAAACAGGACACUGAACCUCAGGAGAAAGAGAAAUCAAGCCGUCCAUCCCACAAGGGAAGAGAGGCUGACAGGACCAGCAGGACUUCCCACAAGGCCCCCAGUGGGAGCCAGAUUGUCUUACCACCUUCCCAGCAGAAGGAGAAGUCCGACAGUGCCAAGGGAACGUUGGUAGUCAAGCAAGCCAUGGCUAAAAUUCAACAGCAGGAUCAAAGGAGCAGCCAGCCCCAGUGGGCCGCAUCCAAACAGGCUCCUGGCACCAAGCCCCCUGUGAGCGCUGAGAAAAGCAGAGAGAUGUCCUCAAAGCAUGGGAGCUUGGUUGAGAAAACAAGCACCAACACGGAUUGCAAAGAUGAAGCCAAGAGGAGGAGGGCAGAUAGCCCAAGAAGCCAGAUUUCUAAAGUAGGUGAGAGUGAAAAGGAGUGUGGUAAGCCUUUGGUUAGACAAGGCAGCUUCACUGUUGAAAAACCCAGCACUAAUGUCCCCUUGGAGCUCAUCCCCAGAAUCAGUAAACAGGGACGAGACAGGAGUGACUCUGUAGGCACUGAUUCCAGCAUGGACACCACAGUGCUUCUAAAAGACACAGAGGCUGUGAUGGCCUUCCUUGAGGCCAAGCUGAGAGAAGAGAACAAGUUGGAUGGUGAGACAGACUCUCCCAGUUACCACUUGGACAAUUCCAUCUCACCAGAGUCAGACGUGGACACGGCUAGCACCAUCAGUCUGGUGACAGGGGAAACGGAGCGCAAGUCUGCCCAGAAACGGCGGACACUGAGCAGCCUCUGUAAGGAGAAGAGCACCAUCAGCUCCUCUUCUCGGGACCAUUCCAAGACUGCUGCCAGUGCCCGGGAGAGGCUGGAGAAGAAAACCAAAAGCCGUAACUCGGAUAGCCGAAGCGAAGCACGCAGAUCCACUCAAGCCAGUGCCCGGGCCAGGCAAUCAUCCCUGGACCUGACAGACGAUGACCAAACCUUCAGUUUACCUCACUGCAUGAUCUCAGGCAUACAAUCUUCUGAUAAAGAGAUAUACUCCGGCCGUUCACAUGGCAGAGGACAGUUCACGUCCACAGACGAACUCUUACAUUCCAAACUGGAAGCCAGCAAGUCUGCCAAAACCAAGGUUCUGCAGGCCUCCUCCACAGGCCCCGGCAAGCCGGCCACUUUACCCAGACCCAGGCCUACCCGUGCAUCUCUCUUGCGUAAGGCACGCCUUGGGGAAACCUCAGAUAAUGAAUUAGCGGACACUGAUAAAGCAUCAGUAGCCUCAGAGGUGUCCACCACCAGCUCAACAUCCAAGCCUCCCUUAGGACGGAAGACCCCCUCUAGGAUAGACUUGCUGGCCCAGCCAAGGAGAACCAGGCUGGGCUCACUUUCGGCACGGAGCGACUCGGAAGCCAUUGUCAGUCGUAGCAGCGCCAGCUCUCGCACGCCUGACUUAGCCCUCAGAAGCAGCCUGAGGCCAUCUUCCGCCACAGACGGCAAGAUCGUUCCCAGGAUGAGAGCUAACAGUGUCUCCAAACUGCCCGACUCCAAGUCCAAAAUCUCCUUAUCUGCUCAUAGCUCUCCUUCGGAGAAAUCCCAGCCUACCCCAGAUACUGAGGCUGCUGUAGAAGAUCUAAUGGCAAAUGCAAGGUGGAGACGCUUACCCCCAGAUUAUGCCUCUACAUCGGAAGAUGAGUUUGGAUCAAACCGCAACUCACCCAAACACAGCCGCCUGCGAGCUGGCACAGCCUUGAGAAGCACCAGGCUGCAGACCACAGCCCCUCCAGGCCCUGGAGGAGUGGUCCUGAAGCACAGAAUGAGAGAGCAGGAGGAGUACAUUCGCGACUGGACUGCACACAGCGAGGAGAUUGCCAGGUUAUUUCCAUGUGUGCGUAGGAUUAGUCAAGACCUGGCCAAAGACCUGGCGACCCUCGCACGAGAGAUCCAUGACGUGGCAGGAGAGAUCGACUCAGUGAGCUCGCCUAGCACAGCCCCCAGCACCACAGUAAGCACUGCAGCCACCACCCCAGGCUCUGCCAUUGACACCAGGGAAGAGGUAGGGCAGCCUCGUGGAGGAAUGCAGAAGUUGGUGGAUCGAGUGUUUGAUGAAAGCCUCAACUUCAGAAAGAUUCCCCCUGCUAUGCAAAGCAAGGCUCCGGAGAUCAAUGGACGAGCUGUCGAGCUUCGUCCCCGUACAGAGGCCCCUGACCCCCAGGCAGCCAUUCGGAGAAGAACCUGGAACCGGGAUGAAGCUGUGUUGGACAGUUUAUUGCUUACUUCUGUGUCUCAGCUGUCAUCGAAAGUAAGACAGGCAGUGGACAAGACUGCUGGCAAAAUCAGAAUACUAUUUAAGGACAAGGACAGGAAUUGGGAAGAAAUUGAAAACAAGUUGCGAGCUGAAAGUGACAUGCCACUUCUGAAAACAUCAAACAAGGAGAUUUCAUCAAUCUUGCUGGAGCUGAAGAGAGUCGAAAAACAACUACAGGUUAUCAACGUCAUGGUUGACCCCGAUGGCACUCUGGAUGCCCUAAGCAACCUGGGAUUGACCAGUCCUGUCCUGCCAAAGCCUAGGUCAAGCCCCAGCUCACGAGGCACGCGGGCAGCAGCUCCCCCACAGGUGGCACCAGAACUGCGUACAGCCCGACUGGGUCUCAUUUCUGCCUCGUCUGAGUUAGAUAGCGUUGAGUCUGACCGCGACUUCAGCCUCCACUUCAACAGGUUUAACCCCAGCGGAGAGGAGGAAGACUCUGUGGUCCACGAGUAACUUUAUUCCUGUCCCUGGACAUGGAUGGAAGAAAUUAGACUUGUUUAGGGGAAGAUGCGUGGAAUGUUUAUAGGCAACAAAAAUCCUUUACUUUUUCUUGUCAUUUUACAGUUAUUUAUCCCUUGUCCCUUAUUCACGAAGGAGCACUUCAGUCUCCUGUUUUAUUUAAAUACCUUAAAGGUAGCCUUUGUACAAAGAAUGCAUGUCAAUUUUACAAGGAAAAUAACACAUGUCCAGACUUCUUGAAUAUGUUAUAAUUGGUUGGUUGUCUAGUUAUGUAAAACAGAAGUAUACAAAAUAAUUUCUGUGAACACUAAAUAUAUACAAUAGUGUGCUUCUUCCCCAUUGCUGUAUACUGAAGCUAACAUUGAAAAUCCCAUUAAGAUGACUUUACUCAAUCCAUAAACCAAUUUCUAAUUCCAGACAGCGCUACAAAUCUUCACACAAUUCUGGUUAAUUUUGACUAAUUUGUGUUAAUUCCAAAGGGUGGGCAUCGCUUUUAGUUGAAGCAACUUCAAAGGGGCUGUUUUUAACCUACCAUUUUUAGCUAUGGGGGCUUCAUUCAACAUGGACUAAUCCAAGAAGUAUAUGUUAUCCAGCCCCUUCCUUUGAGUCAGCUUGGUAUGUUCUCCAUGGGAAAUUCCUCUCACCUGGUGAUAAUGGUAACUGAGCAGAUUGAAACAUUUUCUUGAUCCAGGUUCUUUUCUUUCACCAGGUGUCUGCUGCUUUGUCAUUAACCUUUUGUUUGAGUAUAUAGCACUGUUCUGCUGCAGGAGAAAAGCAUUACACUAACUUCUCUGGACCAAGCUACCUAAUUCAGAUACAUAGCAGAUAUUUGAUUCUGAACUAAUGUAUACCCAUACAUGUAGUGGCCAUCUGCUUGUAGUCCCCAAAAAGUGCCGCUAACAACAGUAAAUUGUGUCAAAAUGCCACCAGUCCAACUUUCUGAUAAAUUGAACAGAUAAUGUUUAAGUCUGUUUGCAGGAUAAUAAAAAUGCAGGAAGUGUAACAUUACCUUUCUGUGUCACUGAGAGUAAUAAUAAACAACAUUCUAAUAUUACAUGGUCAACGGUUUCGUCCUUAACUAGUCUAGUCCAACUUCACUUUGUAAUGGAGUCGAGUCCAGUGAGCAUUAGUGUAAUGUCCUGUGUAGGAAAAAAUGGUUCUGUUUUGUGUAAGACAAAUGCACAUGUAUUUAUGUUCCUUAAAAGUGCUUUAUGCUGUUUGUGUAAAAAUGUUCCCUGUGUAGUUUCACUCAUUUGAGUAUUCUUUUUGAGGCUCUGCUGUAGAAAUUAACACAACGUGUUAAGCAGUAAGGUGAAUGAACAGAUUUUUAACUGAUUGUUUCCAUUAUGGUGACUGCCGCUACCAAGAAAAACAUGCUUGUGGGUAUUAAAAAUGCUUCGUAAGACUAUUUUACUUUCUGUCAUUUUUUGAUGUUUUUCAUUUUUAUUAACUGGAAAAAGCAGAAAUAGCUUUUCUAAGUUGCAAGUCUGAAUCUGUUAUAUCCACUUAUCAUCAGUUGUGUAUUAGACAGUUUUCUGGCCGUCCUAAUUAUGUUUGCACUGAAAAUACAACAGUACCUUUACGGCUUGACCUCUGAUAUAAUGAAUGCAGUACAAAGAACUCAGAUUGUUUGAUGAAGAGUUCUUGUUUACUUGCUAAAUAGUGUAGGAACUGGGUAAUGGUGUCCUAAAUGGGAUUUGCAUAAGUUGAACUUGGAAUAUCACUGAGGUGUGGCACCUUGUUCUUAUACUGCAGGUUUUUACUGCAUUCGCUUUAUGGAAGAUUAUAAAAUGUUAAUCCAAGUUGGUUUUGAUCAAUGUAAAAUACAACAAAAACUACAUGUGGAACUCAAUAUUGAGAUCUGCAUUAGCCAAUGACCAGUGGUUUCAUAAUAAAAGAUAUCACUAGCCAAAGUUUUACUUGCAAGACCCAUUCUAUUAAUUAUUGUGUAAAAGAAAAAAAAUACAUGACAGGGUGGCAAAUAAGUUUAACACUUAGGAGCCCUAUGCCACCUUUGUAUAAACAUGGUAUUUGUUAUCAUAGUACAUAUGAUGAUUUAGCCAUUUAUAAACCUUUCUCAUAACCAUAUAUAUUAGAGAUGUAAUCAAUAGCAAGACUAGGUACCAGAAAAAUGCUGUUUUUUUUUUGUUUUUGUUUGGUAUGCAAUUGUAUGAUGUCACAAAGUGCCCAGUAUUCAAACAGUUACAAAGGUUUAAGGAAUCAUACAGAAAUAGACUAAAUAUUGUUAAUUUGCACAUUUUUCAUCUAAUUCAGUAAAGCAGUUAUCUUUGGCAUUCCUGAAUAAAAGUUAAGUCCAUUUGAGGCUGUUGUUAAAAAACAAAAAAACAAAACAACAACUAGACCUCCCUUACACCUUCUAGCUGGAUUUUGCUUUGUAUGAGAUGGCUCGACUAUACGUGUUGCCCAUCUAACGGGAAUGCAACAGUAUUCAGAAAUGUUGAUGUCAAGUGGCAUACUGCAAAAUGACUGAAAAUACAAAUGCUUAGUAAAUUUCUUUGUUUAAAAGUUGUUUACACAUUUGUUUUGUAUGAAGACUAUUAUCUCUUAUUUAUU